AUUCACAUACACUGUGCAAGAUUUAGUAACACUGAACGACGACCUCAAGGCUGCGCAGUUGACGACCUCGAAGUCUCCAUAACCAAACUUUAAGCUACGCGGCCUGGACUACAUUGAACGGCUGCCCUUUGCCUUAUUACCACACAAGCGAAUAAGCGCUCUUAUAUCUUGUGUCGCGCGGUGUGCGGGCUCAUUUGAGCUCGCGUAGCCGAAAUGCCGCCCAAAAAGAAGGAUGACAAGAAGAAGGAUGCUGGCAAGGAUGAUGCUAAAAAGGCAGAAGAGGAGGAGGAGCGGGAGCUGGUGGAGAAGGAGCUCGUUAUUGGCUACCUGCGCUCCAAGCUCAAUAGGUACCAGGAUCACGGCGACCGGCUGCAGGUGGAUGUGGUGCGGCUGACGGACGAGCUGGAGACGCAGAAGCUCAACCUGAGGGACAUCAACGAGUUCCUCACCAACGAGCUCAAGGCUCGCUCUCUGACCACGUCUGCCCUGGAGUCCAAGGUGGCGGAGCUGAAUGGGCUGAUGGACGAAGUCAAGAAGAGCCACGAGGCCUCUCUGGCCCGUCUUCGCGGCGACAAGGACCGGGAGCUUGAGCGGCUGGAGGGCGUGGUCCGCGAGCACGAGCGCAAGGCGCGCAUCACGCAGGAGUUCCUGGACAAGAAGGAGGCGCUGGAGGCGGAGAUGCAGAGUCUGAAGGAGACCCUGGCGCGGAAGACCAAGGACUUUGAGCAGCAGCUGACCGACAUCGACCGGCAACACAUCCAGGACCGCGAGAAGUGGAAGCGCGAGAUGGCGGGCCGCAUCAAGGAGACCAAGCUGCAGAUGAUGAAGCUGACGGACAACCAGUUGGAGAUGACCACCAAGAGGACAAUCAUGGAGAACGAGCAGAUGUCCAUCGAGCUCAGCUACCAAAGCAGGCAGACGGAGAAGCUGCUCAACAAGAACAACAAGCUGAUGGAGGAGAACGCGGAGCUGCGGCGGCAGCUGGAGCUGAGCAAGCAGACGGAGGAGGAGCUGGCCCGGAGGAACAACCUGUACCAGAAGACCAUCAAGACACUGCUGUCCAAGCUGCAGGACCAGGGCUACCAGGCCGCGGAGAGCGAGGAGGUGCUGGGGGCGCUGGACGGCCGGCUGGGCGACCUGGCCGCGCACCUGCACCUGGCGCAGCUGCAGCUGGAGGAGAAGAGCGCGGAGGCGGACGCGCUGCGCGAGCGGCUGGAGUCCAAGACCGCGGAGGCCGCGGCGCUGACCUCGGGCUAUGACGACACCGCCCGCUUCCUGCUGGCCUGCAUGGCGGACGUGCGGGACAAGGUGGUCACAGUGGUGCGCACUACCACCACCAACAAUACAUCAAGUGAUGAGCGCCUGCCGCCGCUGGCGGGGGCAGACGCGGCAGGCGGCAGCCGCUCCGGCUCACCCACACCGCCCGGCGCCUCCUCCUCGGCUGCUGGCGGCGGUGACAUCACGGUGCUGCCCGGGCGGCUGGACGAGUUGAGUCCGGAGCAGCGCGAGCGAGUGCUGGGCUGGCUGCUGGAGCGGCUGCACGUGUUCAGCGCGCAGCGCGGACUGGGACUGGGGCCGCUGGGGCUGGGCGGGCAAGGAGGCGGUGGCGGCGCAGGGGACGGCGGCGGGGGCGGCCGCGGCGGCGCCGAUGCGUCUGCCAGCGGCGUGACGCUGCCACCCAUCCCCUCCUUCAACCGGCGCCAGUACGCCACAGGGCUGUCGCACGGCCCGCUGUCGCAGAGCUCGCCGGCGCCUCUGUCGGCGGGCGGCAUGGGGUCAGCGUUGGCGGGCGAGUGGGGGCCAGGCAGUCCAGGCGGCUCGCGGCUAGGACGGCUGCCCACGCGCGAGCAGGACGGCUCGGCGGGCGGCAUGGGCGGGCCGCAGGGGCUGGGCGCCACGUCAGGGGCAGCAGCAGCAGCAGCAGGGGCUGGCGGCGGCCUGGACGGCGUGUCGAGUCUGGGCGGGUUGGGGUACGGGCUGGGGUACGGCGGCGUAGGUGUGAGCAGCAGCGUGAUGGCGGGCAUGUCGCCAGGGCCGGGCGUGCCGGGCUACAGCGUGUCUACGGGGGACGUGAUGCCGGGCGGCGGCAUGCUGGGCGGCGCGGGCGUGAUUGGCGGCGGCACUGGCGGUGGGGCGGGGGGUGCAGUGGUGGAUGAGGCGCUGGCCAAGGUGCUGAGCGAGGUGCGGCCGUGGGGCAAGCGCUCGGAGCAGCAGCCGCUUACCACCACCAAGCACUCGGGGACGUUCCUGCGCAAGGGCAACGGCCCCAGCAACAACACUGGCAGCAGGGGCUCGCUCAAGGUGUAGGUAGGCAGGCGGCGGCGCCUGUGGAAUGAUGUGUGUGGAUUGAGUGCAGGCAGGGCAGUACGGUAGUGUGGUGCAGUGUGUGCGGCGUGCGAGGACGGCAGUGUACUAGCAUGGUGAUGAUCUACCAACAUCGUGCUGCUGUACCAUAGGUCAGGCACAGCAACAGCACGCUGGAUUGAAGGUUUGAGGCCGCCAAGGGCAAGAUCGCGCGCGGAGACAGACGGCGCUCACGGGCGCCGCCGUGGAUUCCUAUGAUGAGGCAACUUGUAAACUGUGAGAAGG